AUGCCUUCAAACGAAUUUUUCGGCUACACACUCACCAACCUGGGUCCCCUGACCACCACGUUUACGGCCCCAUCGUCAUGUGCGACGAAAAGUGACAACUUAGUAUGGUAUUCGCGCUUUGACUCGACCGUGACGGGAAUAGGAACAGACAGGUACCUUGGCCAGGAGUCAUGCGGCGACGGAGUGACACGAGGUGCUUGCACACCGUCCGGCGAGGCUAUCGACAAACUUGUAUCGGCAUCUCCAUCAUCCAGUAACAUUUGGUAUCACUCACCGGGAAUCGCCUGUCCUAGUGGUUGGACAACCGCUGGCACACUAAAAGGCGGUGCAGAACCAACGGGCUCUGGUGUGUUCAACCAAGAGGCAAUCACACCGUGGGGAAACGAGAGUUCUUACCAGGCCAUCUUACUUCCCCAACUGUUCGCAAAUGCGCUUGGCAACGAUGAAACAAUGGCUAUGUGCUGCCCAAGUGGCUGGGUAGCCGAACCGCUCGGUGGAUCAUGCUCAUCCUCAAUCGGCAAUCUCGGUUCAGUAUCGCAAUCAACUGCUUGUCAUAAGUACUGGACCGACUUGGAUGUUGACGAUGUGUAUGUGACAUCGUAUGCUGGCAAGACGUGGGAUCCGCCUCUCAGAUCACAAUCUCCCAUCACCGAAGAACCCAUCACCGCUACGAGGACUUUAGCCAACACUGAAACCGGAACGUUCGUUCGUUACGAAACAGACAGUAUUUACUUAGCCACGCAAACAGGAGGCUUACUCAUGGUCUACAAAGAGGCCGAACUGAACGCAUCAAAGGGGGACGAUGGGAAAGGGGCAGGAACCGUGACCAGAGUUGGGAUUGUCUUACCAAUGCUUUCUGUGGCGCUCUCCCUGUUCUUGGGUUCAGGACUAGCACUGUGA